UUUAACUACCUACUACAAAGCUAACUUAAAAAUACUAAAUUACCUAAUUCGUUACCUACGUACACUUCUUUCCUUUUACCGAUUAUUUUUUAUAAAGUAACCUAUGUUUUCAUGCGAAGCAACUCAAAUUUUAUGCAAGAGAGUAGCAAAUAUCUUUCACGUAAAGAAAAUGGCAAAAAGUUCCUUUGAAUACGUAAAGAAAUUUGAAUUAGAUGAUACAUUAUUGCCAAAUGCGUGGAUUAUUGUGAGACUAGAUGGGAAAUGUUUCCAUAAGUUUGCAGAGGUUCAUAAAUUCUCUAAACCUAAUGAUUUAAGAGCAUUACAAUUGAUGAACUAUGCCGCAUUUAGUGUAUUAAAAGAAUUUAAUGAUAUAUUAAUGGCUUUUGGUCAAAGUGAUGAAUACUCAUUUGUUUUCAAAAAACACACCACUGUAUAUAAACGAAGAGCCGCUAAGUUGCUUACUACUGUCAACAGCAAAUUUUCUUCAUCUUAUGUUUAUUACUGGAGUAAAUUCUUUGGUGACCAGUCAUUAAAAUAUCCACCAAUAUUUGAUGGCCGUAUUGUAUUGUACCCUUCUGAAGAAAAUUUAAUUGAUUACAUGAAAUGGCGACAAGCUGAUGUUCAUAUAAAUAACUUGUACAAUACAACAUUUUGGAAUUUGGUACUAAAAGGAAAUUUAACUCCAUUAGAGGCUGAAAAACGUUUAAGUGGUACUGUUUCUGCUGACAAAAAUGAAAUAUUAUUUAAAGAGUUUAAUAUCAAUUAUAAUAAUGAACCAGAAGUGUUCAAAAGAGGUACUUUAUUAUUAAGAAAAACAAUUACAUGUGGUGGAAGUGCAACUAAUAAAUUAGUAGUUGUUGAUGUUCACAAUGAUAUGUUGAAAGAUAAUUUUUGGAAAGAACAUUCAACAUUAUUGUUAAUGAAACCUUCUAAACAGGAUUUAGUGUAUGACGGUCCAACCACUGAAAUUAUUCGAGAACAACUUGAAGUUAAUGAUAAAAACGAAAUUAUUUAAAAUAAAGCUUUUUAAAUGAUUGAUGAUACUUUUUAUUUCAAGCAGGUUUGAAGUAAAAGAAGACUUAAACAGAUUAUUUUAUUGAAUAAUAAAUACAUUAUGAAUCUAUAAUGUUUAUUUUAGAACUAACAAUACAUGGGAUAUUAAUAGUAGUGGUUGUCUUCAUAUACUUAUAACAUUAAAUAAUUUUAUAUUGCAUAUACUACUAAUUUGUUUUAAUACUUUUACAGAUGUUUCCUUUGAUUAUACUGGAGAUACACCUAUAUUUAUAAUUGUCAAAACACAACUAAAGUAAAAAUAUAAUUUAAAUUGAAGCUUUAUUGUUUUUACUUUGAAUAUAUUAUUAUGUAGGCUACAGAGAUAUCUCUGAAUCUUUAAUUAAAACAAGGGAUUGCAUUCAACACUUAUUAUGUAAUAUAUGUAAAUAAAUAACAGUUUGUAUCUUUAUUGACAUCAAGCAGAUAUAAUUUCAUAUGAUUUUUUUUUUAAUUUAAGGUUAACAUUUCAAAUUGAAAUCUACAUUACAACAUAGUUGAAUAAAAUGAAUGGUUUUUAAAGUCUAAUCCUUGUCAUUUACUAUUUUUUUAUUAUAAAGUAUUUACAUAAUGAUAAAGUGAUUGAUUACAAACAUUUUAGAAUAUUGGAAUGUAGUUAUCAAUCUUAGCUCGGUGCUUUUGAGCCACACACUCACUUAUCCAUACAAUGUUUCGGCAUUCCUGCUCUUUCAACUUCAGGUAGGAGUAGAAAACUCCAAAGUGGAAUUGUUGCAUGAAAGCAUUAACAUUGAGUUUCA